AUGUUUGGCAAGUUGAAGGGUCUCCUCAGAGGCCCGCAGGUGCCAGCAGCUUCGGGGACUCCUGACCCGACUCCUGCUCCUGCUCCGCCUCCAGCUCCAGCUCCAGCUCCAGCUCCAGCUCCAGCUCCAGCUCCAGCCAAGGAGGAGAAGCCAGCUGAUAAGGAGAAUGAGACCAAGAAAGUGGACAAACCGCAGGAAUCAACUCCGGCCCCAGCUCCAGCACCAACUCCAGCUCUGGCUCCAUCUAACCCUGAUCAAGCUGGACCUGAGGGACAGGAGUCGGCCCCUCCUCCACCUGCUCCCAUUGUCAUCAAUAAGUAUUCAGACGAGCAGCUCAGAUCCAUAAUCAAACGCAUGAGAGAGAGACUGGAUCUCUAUAAGGAGAAGGUGCAUGAUCAAUAUGCUUCAUCCCCAGAGAUCAGCCCCCCUGUCACACCUUUGAUGCACAAAGACAAAUACACAAAAGUCAUAGAGGAGAGGAAGCAGCAGGCAGAGGAGGAGCGCAUAAAGAAGGAAGAAGCCGAUAAGAAGAAGAAAGAGGAGCAGGAGAAGAAAAAGAAGGAGGCCGAUCAGAAGAAGAAAGAGGAUGAGGAGAAAAAGAAAACAGAGGAGGCCAAUUUGGAGAAAAAGGAGGAGAAGGAUUUGAAGACCAAGUUCAAAGAAGCCGCCUGGUCUUCGGUGGACAUUGUGCUGAAGCCAAUUGAGGCCCUGAUGGACCCGGUGCUGGGGUACACCAUUGACCCUUUCACAGACCGUCGCUACAUCGCCUGGCUGAGCUUGGUGACGCUGGCCUUCAACUACAACACCUGGUUCAUUACAGCCCGUCUGUGUUUCCCCUACCACACUGAGAGCGCCAUCCCUUUCUGGUUUGUCAUGGAUUUGCUGGCCGACUUCAUCUACCUCACAGACUCCAUCAUCUUCCAGGCCCGCAAACAGUUUGUCAAAGCAGGAGACAUUAUAAAAGACAGAGUGGUGACAAGGAAGAACUACAGAGAUUCGGAGAGAUUCGUGCUGGACAUGAUAUCCCUCUUGCCAUUCGACUUGUUGUACUUACAGUUCGGAUUCAAAUCCAUUUUCAGAUUCAAUCGCCUGCUGAAGGCGGAUACAUUUUUUGAGUUCAGCGAUCGUCUAGAGAGCCUCAUGGCUAAGGCAUACAUCUGGAGAGUGAUUCGAACCAUCGGAUAUCUUCUCUUCAUGCUCCACCUCAACGCUUGCUUUUACUAUGUGGCUUCAGAAUACCAGGGCAUCGGGAAAACUAAAUGGGUCUAUUCUGGUCUGGGCAAUGCGUAUCUGCGUUGUUACUACUAUGCCGUCCGCAGUCUGAUCAACAUCGGGGGUCUUAACGAACCCCAUACCGUCUUUGAGAUUACCUUUCAGAUGACUAACUUUUUCACGGGCGUCUUUGUGUUCUCCAGUUUGAUUGGACAGAUGAGAGACGUCAUCGGUGCAGCCACAGCAGGACAGACCUACUUUAGAUCCUCCAUGGACGGCACCGUGGACUACAUGGUGAACAACCACAUCCCCUCUUUGGUGCAGAACCGAGUCCGCACCUGGUACACCUACACCUGGGACGCACAGGGCAUGCUGGAUGAGUCCGAGCUGCUGGAUAAGAUGCCUCUGGUGAUGAGAACCGCCAUCGCUGUUGACAUCAACCUGACCACCUUUCAGAAGAUAGAUCUUUUCAAGGGGUGUGACCAGCAGAUGUUGGUGGACAUGUUACUGAGGCUCAAGUCUAUUGUCUAUUUACCAGGAGACUUUGUAGUGAAGAAAGGCGACAUCGGUAAAGAGAUGUACAUCAUUAAAAGCGGAGCAGUGCAGGUGGUUGGAGGACCUGACAACAGUAUUGUGUUCGUUACACUAAAGGCUGGCUGUGUGUUUGGAGAAAUCAGUCUGUUGCAAUCCUCUAAAGAUGGAGGGAACAGGCGGACAGCUAAUGUCAAAGCCUACGGCUUCGCUAACCUUUUUGUUCUGGAGAAGAAAGACCUGUUUGACAUCCUGGUGCACUACCCAGAGUCUCAGAAAGUGUUGGCCAGGAAGGGAAGGAAACUCAUGAAGGCGAAGGGACCAGCAGCAGCUAAAGCAGAGGUGGAAAAGAAGAAAGGAUUGGCGCUGUUCGGACCCAAACCACCCACACCCAAACUGCUGCGUGCUUUCGGUGGAAACUUCAACCAGAACAUUAUUAACAAAAUGAAGAGUGCUGCUGGUGGCCAGUGA